AUGCCAGCCGACGCCGCGCAGGAUCCGGAGAGUCCCCGCCGGAUGGCUCUCAGUUGGGACAUCAACGACCCGCAGAUGCCCCAGGCUCCAGCCCACUUUGACUCCUUCCAGGAGUGGCCGGAUGGCUACGUGCGCUUCAUCUACAGCAGUGCGGAGAAGAAGGCGCAGCGGCACCUGAGCGGCUGGGCCAUGCGCAACACCAACAACCACAACGGCCACAUCCUCAAGAAGUCGUGCUUGGGCGUGGUGCUGUGCACCCGAGCCUGCGCCCUGCCUGAUGGCUCUCGCCUGCAGCUGCGCCCGGCCAUCUGCGACAAGGCGCGGCUCAAGCAGCAGAAGAAGGUUUGCCCCAACUGUCAGUCUGCUUUGGAGCUGAUUCCUUGCCGAGGGCACAGCGGAUACCCGGUGACCAAUUUCUGGCGCCUCGAUGGUAGCGCGAUAUAUUUUCAGGCCAAAGGGGUUCAUGAUCACCCAAGACCAGAGAGUAAAUCCGAGACAGAGGCUAGAAGAAGUGCCCUCAAGAGGCAGACGGCCCCUUUCUGCCAGUCUCAGAAAAAGAGAGCUCGGGAGCCCGAGGUAAGAGAGAAUCCAGACAGCAGUGGACAGUUCAACAACACAUCACUCCUGGGAAAUCCAGAGCUCUUCAAUAUAAUUCCAGACACCAGCUUCUGUGGUCCAGGGCAGGCCUGCCCUUCCUUCCCAAACUCAGACAUUUACGCAGCUCCCUGUGACCUGGCCACCUUUCAAGGAGACAUCACUUCCCCCUUCCAGAAAUAUCCAAACCCCAAAAUUUAUUUGCCCAGACCACCUUGCAGCUAUGACUUGGCAGGCCCUAGAUACACAAAUCCAAGCCCAUUUCCCGCCCUCUAUAAAGAGUCCACCAGCAUCCUGAAUGACGCAGACUGGCUUCGUCUGAAUGCCCUGCAAUAUAACCUCAAUUCCUACAGCAGCUAUGAGAGCAGCUUUGAUUUCACCAGUAAACACUGUGGCUGGAAACCAGGCCUUGAAAACCUGGGCCUUGAGGAAAAAACUGACCACAGACAGCUCCAGGCUGUGGCCAGAUGUCCUUAUUACAACCCUGAGCUCUCUUGCCGGUACCAAGAGCCACCCUCAGCAGGUGGCCCAGCUCUGCAGACUGUGAUCACCACCACCACCAGGGUGUCCUACCAGGCCUACCAGUGCCCCACGCUGAAGCACAGUGCCAACGUGCAGGAGGAGCUCAGCAGCCUUUCUAGCUGCAGCUAUCCUUCUGAAAACACCCCCGUGUCCACCUGUGCAGAAGCUGCAGACCCUCUAUCUGUAAUCACCAGGGCAGCCUCUCCCACGGGGAGGACAAGUUUGAAAAUUCUAGAAGACUGCGCUGUCAACAGAACCCCUAUGGCUUUUCCUCAAGAGGCAGCUCCCUGCAGGACAGACGGAGCAGACCCCUGCAAUGUGUGUCUGUCUGGCCUGGGAUCUGUGAUCAGUUUCUCAGACAGAGCAGGUCUGCUCUUUAGUUAUGACAGUGAGGAGUUUUGA